CUCUUUCUCAAACAUUCUCUCCGUGGAGCCCUUCGAUGGACAGCGCAGACGGCCCUCCACCACCACCCCCGGAAUUGCUGCCGCCUCCCAACAGUCCCUACCUCUUCGCGCCACCGCCGUCGCUUCUGUCGUCCCCGCUGUUGCACCCGCUGAUAGACACCUCAGCCUCGGCUCAAGCGUUGGCUCUUCCUUCAUCUUCGUCUUCUUCGGAUAUCGAUUGGGUUAGCCUCUUGUCUGGCCAGCUUGGCGGGCUUCGCGAGAAUAAGCCGAUGAUGAUGUCGAUGGAGAAUGCGCCGAUGACCACGAUGUUGCCUGAAAAUGGGGGAGUAGAAGACAGGAGCGAGGGGGAUCUUAAGAAGAAAGUGACGUGUAGGACAAGAAGGCCGACACAGCCUAGGAUUGCGUUCCAAACAAGGAGUGCAGAUGAUAUUCUUGACGACGGGUAUCGCUGGAGGAAGUAUGGACAGAAAGCCGUCAAGAACAGUGUUCAUCCCAGGAGCUAUUAUCGGUGCACACAUCACACAUGCAACGUGAAGAAGCAGGUCCAAAGGCUGGCGAAGGACACGAGCAUUGUGGUCACCACGUACGAAGGCAUCCAUAACCAUCCCUGUGAAAAGCUAAUGGAAACCCUAACUCCUCUCCUCAAGCAGAUGCAGUUCUUGUCCAGAUUUUAGCUUAGCCAUCGAACUUGAGGAUCACUUAACUAUGUCAAAAACUUAAUCACUUUUGUAUCAUUCGAUAGAUAAUUAUCUUGGGGUUCCAUAGUGUACAGAACUAAUCAAGUUCCUAGACACAUACCGGCGUAUACGAAUGGCAGACUUCCUGUACAUGGAUAGCUUGUCAAUAGCAUCCCUAUACAUACUAGCUUUUCUUCUGCAAGAGAUUGCAAUUUGCUUUAAUGGAUGUGUUACGCACAUAUAUUUUCUAAAGUCAUAUUGACUGAAUUUAUCGAUUCAUUAUUACUUGAGGGGACAUCAUGAAUAUUCUUGAAAUAUGUUAUAUGUCCAUCAUUUUGAAUAA